AUGAAUCUCCUCACCCUCACCCUCUGGGCCGCCCUCUCCCCAAGAACAACCGUGGCAGCAACCCUAAGGACCACUUUCCAGUACACCCAAAACGGCACCUGGCUCGAGAACCUCGCCCUCCGCCCCUCCGGCCUCAUUCUAGUCACCCGCAUGGACGUCCCAGAACUGUGGACCGUCGACCCGGCCACAGGCCAAGAGACUCUGGUCUCCACCUUCCCAAAGCGACCGCUGGGCAAGCUCGUGAUCACGGAUAUCGGGCACCCGGUCGUCGGGACGUGGGGCGUUUACGAAGUCGAUCUCUCUUCUCAUUCCUCGUCUGCUCUAUUAUCGUCAGGUGAAGGGGGAAGUGCGAGCGUCCGCAAGAUCGCGACGCUGGGUGAGGCGGGAUGGUUGAAUGGGAUGGCGCGGUUACCUGGGCCCGGGGAUACGGACCGGGCCGUGGUGCUGAUUGCCGACUCGGUGAACAGGGUGAUCUGGCAACUAGACGCGCGGACCGGUGCGUAUGGUGUUGCGUUGAAUGAUGCGGCUAGUAUGGCUGCUUCGCCGACGGAUCCCUUGGGACUCGGGGUGAAUGGGGUACGAGUGUGGAGGGAGUACGUGUACUGGUCGACCAAUUCGCGGAGUGCAGUGUUUCGGGUGCCGGUGCGGUGGGAUCAAGGGAGGGCAAAGGUCGUGCAGACUGGCGCCGUCGAGACGGUCGUCUCAGGCGUCGUGGUGGAUGAUUUCGCGGUCCCUGCUGACGGUAUGCUGUAUUUGAUGGCGGUGGCGGAGAAUGAGGUCGUGAGGGUUGCGCCGGAUGGGAAUCACUCGGUCUUGGCGGGGACGAAGGAUAGUUUGGAUGUCGCCGGUUGCACGUCCGGCGUGGUCUCGGGUGAUGGGCGCAAGCUGUUUGUCACGACGUGUGGAGGGCAUAUCGUCCCACCCAAGGGGAGGGUGGAGCCGGCAAAGGUCGUGGAGAUUACAUUGGCAUAG